UCUUAUUCUUAAACGUCAGUCAACUCUUGCAAGUCAAGUCGUUUGCUUCUAUUCGAUUUCCGCGAAUAAAUCAAAAUAUAUAAUACAUACGUUUAGCUCAUUAUUUUUUAAUUACUUCAAUAAUAAUAAGAAUAAUUUAUUAAACAAUGAAUUGUAAAGUAACUGUAAAAUUAUAAAAGUAAAUACUAAAUACCGAAUACCGAUCCAAAGAUUUAGUGCCCGUCAAUAUUAAAUCUCUUAAUGUUCGAAACGUGAAUGAUCUUCUUAGAUAAAAGAGCGUUUACGUCUUUCUCAACGUUCUCUAGGCUUGUUAAUCGCCUUUCUCACAAACCGUGAGUAGAGUGUUGAAUGUUGAACGUGCAAUAUGCAUCUAUAUUCUAUAUCUGACAAUAAGCGAGUGUGAGUAAGUGCAAAUACAUAUAAUAUUAUAUUGGACAGCAAGUAAACGUACAACAUAACAGUGUAACGUGUAACGACUCGGUGUAAAGAGUAAAUAACACUGUAUUUUUUAUUUUUUAAGUGUAUAUUGCUGCGCACAGGUGGAGAAUGGAAAAUAAUUUAAUAUAUAUCGCGAAUAACGAGUGUGUUGAGGUAUCUUUCGUAUAAACUUUAGUUAUUUAGCGUUAACAGUCCACCGGACAGCGGCUAAUAAAAUAUAAAUUAAACAGAGUUAUUUAUCGAAAGUUAUGUUUUUAAUUUUUUAAUUUUUUACUUGGGUGAUUUUAUAAUUUUUAAAAUUUAGUUAAGGGAUUAAGAGUUGGAUCUAUUGUUCAGAGUUUAGUUGAAUUUAUAAUUUAUUAAUUUAUAUAUAAUUUGUGCAAAGUGUAAGACGGAAAUGCGACGUAGAUCGUAAUAUAGCGAAAGACGAGGUCCCGAGAAAUUGGCAAAGAAGCUACGUCGGGUGAAGUAAUGUAACAGCGUAAUAUAAGACGUUAGUUUAAAGUUAAACGACAAAUUUUAAGCGACAUUUCUGUCAGUAGAGAUUAAAUAUAUUGUGCCGUUGAAUUAAAUGAUGAAAGUGAAGCAAAGAACUUUUAUUAACUGAGAACUCAAGUAAUAUAAAGUGUAUAAGUCCAAGGUAAAGGCGAAGGGAAAUUAUUGUACAGUAUAUAUGUUGUAUAUUGUAUAUAUGCUUUAUAAAACAAUUUAAAGUGUUUAUUUUGUGAGAAUAAGACAAACGAGUAGACAGGAACUCGUUGGUGUAGUCAGUGACUUACAGUGUGAUUAGUUUGGUAAGUAAUAUAAAGAAGAUAGAGGACGUGUAUAUAUGUACGAAUGUACGACGUGGAUCGUGAUUGGAAACAAAGAUUAGCCAAGACAACAAGAGAUGUUUAAACUGUCAUCCGGUAGACAAGAAAGGGAGGCUUGGACUAAAGAUAUAAGGCUGCAGCUAAACGAGCAGCUGAGAUGUCUCGACGUGAGAAUGGAGUCCCAGGUGGCCCUGGUUGCCGAACUGCAGGACUUCUUCCGCAGACGAGCCGAACUCGAGCUCGAUUACAGCAAAUCCCUUGACAAAAUGGCGAGAAGUAUACAAAUGCGGCACAAAGAGCAAAAGCAAAAAAGGGAGCAAUGGCCACUGUUCUCCAGCUACGCUUGCUGGCAGCAACUUGUCAAUGAGACGAAAAAUCUGAGCCGCGAUCAUGCCGCGCUUUCCGAGGUCUACAGCACUCACCUGGUCGGAAGACUUAAUCAAGUCAUCGAAGAUGUUCAGCGAAUUUAUAGACGUUGCCGAGAAAUUGGGUAUGAAACACACGAAGAAAUCUUGAGGGUACUUCACGAGCUUCAUACGACGAUGAAAACAUACCAAGCUUAUCAAGCUGAGUCACGACAAGCAGAGACAAAAUUACGCGUUGCUGAACAACAGCGUAGUAAACUUGAAGUCACAAAUGUACCGCCAGAGAAACUUGCACGUAGCAAGAAGUACAAGCUCAUUGAGAAGGAAGUGACUAAGAGAAAGAACAAAUACACGGAGGCCAAGCUGAAAGCACUCAAGGCUAGAAAUGAGUACAUUCUUUGUCUAGAGGCGUCCAAUACAACGAUUCAUAAAUAUUUCGUUGACGACCUGUCGGAUCUCAUUGAUUGUAUGGACUUUGGGUUUCACAAUUGCAUCGCACGGGCAUUGUUGAUGCACUGCAGCGCGGAAGAGGGAAGACAGCGGUCGCUGCAAACAAGCGCCGAGCAGCUGACAAAUACUAUUAACGCUCUGGAUUCUCGUGCAGACAAACAGCGUUUUCUUGAGUCACAUCACGCGGCGUUUAUGAUCCCCAAGAAGUUUGAAUUCCAGUGCCAACGAGGUGAUGAAACUCCCGAACCAGAGUUACAGAAGAUACUACACUCUGAAAUGGAACAGCGACUGGGACAAUUGCAGCAACGCGUUACCUCUCUCAGAACCGAGUCUGAGGAGGUGUGGAAGACCUUAGAGACCGCUGAGGCUAGUCUUUUAGAAAUGCUUACUGCCAAGGACUACGAUUGCUCGCGAUACUUUGGUGAAAACUGCAUGCCAACCUCCAGGCCACCUGAGACUGUUCAGAUCAAAUUACGCGCUGACAGGCAGGAAACCGAAGAAUUUUAUCUUACGAAAUUUCGAGAAUACCUGCUUGGAACAUCGCGAAUAGCCAGACUCGACGCUAAGCAAGAGUACAUAAGGCAAAGUCUUCAAGACGGCUCCAAUGGAAGCCCGAAUCCUUCCAUCACCACGUCUAAGCAGAAACAAGCGCGUAGAAAGAGAAUUGGUAGACUGCAGAUGAACGGACAGCCAAAGUUAUUCGGUGGUUCUUUGGAGGAGUAUCUCGAGAGCACGAAUUUAGAGAUACCUUUAAUAAUGAAGAGCUGUAUAAGGGUUAUAAAUCUGUACGGUCUUCAUCAUCAGGGCAUAUUUCGAGUGUCUGGCUCUCAAGUUGAGAUAAAUAACUUCAGAGAGUGGUUCGAACGGGGUGAAGAUCCACUUGCUGACGUGACAGAUGCCUCAGAUAUUAACAGUGUUGCCGGGGUGCUAAAGUUGUACUUGAGGGAAUUGCGUGAACCACUCUUCCCUAUUAUUUAUUUCGAGCAUCUAAUGGAAUUGGCGCAACUCGAAUCUAAGCAUGAGUUUGUCUUAAAAAUGAAACAGUUGAUAUCGAGUCUGCCGAGGCCGGUUGUUAUAGUAAUGCGAUACCUGUUUGCCUUUCUUAAUCACCUCUCGGAAUUUUCAGACGAAAACAUGAUGGACCCAUACAAUCUUGCCAUUUGUUUCGGGCCGACUUUGGUGCCAGUGCCCGAAGACAAAGAUCAAGUACAGUAUCAGAAUCAAGUUAAUGAACUGAUUAAAAAUAUAAUAACACUCUGCGAAGAAAUAUUCCCUGAUGAUAUCGGCGGGAUUCAGUAUGAAAAAUACAUCAGCCGAGAGCCCGACGAUGUCGACGUUGGUGACUCUCCAACAGAUCAGGUUCAAGAAGAUAUGGACUCUGAAGUGUAUCCAUCAGAAGAUGAGUCUGAAAACUUAGAAGCAACAGCACAAUUCGAUUUUAACGCCCGAUCUGAACGUGAAUUAAGCUUCAAGAAAGGCGAUACUCUGACACUUUAUAUGCAAGUAAGCUAUGACUGGUGGCGUGGCUCCGUGGGCGGAAGAGAGGGUUUAAUUCCUGACAAAUAUAUCAUGCUCAAAAUAAAGGACGAAGAGCGAGACAAAGAGCUAUUGAAAUCAUCAAGCGAAGAAUCGAUGCGACGUAGAGCUUCGAGUUCCGCAGACAGCGCGCCAUCGAGUAACAAUUCGCCAUUGAUGGCACCAACGAAUAAUCCGAACGCGUGGCCGAACGUCAACACGUCGGAUAUUAUAACAACGUCGUCUUCCGGUACUGGAUCUCUGCUGCAUCACUCAGACGUAAUCAAUACCAACAGCUCUAGCUCUGUGAUUAGCACCUCCAGCAACAACGCUAUACCAGCUACGGCGAUGGCGAAUGCAGUUAAUGCUUGCAUCUCGUCCUCUCAAGCGAUCAUCAGUCGAGAGGAACAGCCGUCAGUGAACCCGAGCAAAAUGACAUCGAGUCCAGGAAACGAGAAAAUACACCCAACGGAUCAGUAUCAUCAGUCGAGCACACCGAACGACGAGAGUGAGAGCGUAAAUGAUUUCUUGGACUCACUUUCAACGAUGAGCGAGCAGGCUAAUCUAGACGACGUAGACGAUAAUAAUCAAGAGUACCAAGUGUCAUCAAUGAAUGCGGGUGGACUAAGAGGGUCUGGUCGGAAGCAGUGGAAAUCCCAGACCCUGACAGAGACCAUAAAUAGCAAUCAACAGCCGUCUCUACACUUGAACGACAGCGACAACAACGACGAAGAUAACAACAAAGAAGCUACGACAUUUUCAGCGAAUAGAGAGUUGUGGCAAAAACGAGCAAACUCACAGACACAAUUGACCCCACCAGUUCCUCCCACGACGCCGAAGAACUUCCGCGCUUCUCAGGAAUUCCGGGAGAUGCGUCAAAAGCACACCCCCGACCUGGUGAUGGAUCUUCCUCUGGCCGCUCAAGACGCCAGCAAAAAAUCAGCUUCCUCCAGCAGCUUAAACAGUUCCGACGAUGAAAAUUCUCUGGCUCCGCCGACUCGCAACGGCUCGGAAAAAUCUCCAAGCAAUGGACCCGAGUCUCCGGACAUGAGCACCGCCGCCGAGCGGUUCGCCAAGCAGAAUCAAUGCACGCUCAAGAAGAAUACCAAGUCGGGGAAUACCAACACCUCGAACAAUUUAACGGACACCGGCAGAAUAAAAAGUCUGGUGGGCACUGACGGGGAGAUCAACGACCACGUUGGGAAUUUAAAGGACAAUAUUGUCAGAUCAGCUAGCAAUAACGAAAUUUCUUCAGACAAUGUUCCGUUACGUUCCCCGCUGCCUCCCCGGUCGACCCCGCUGAUCGCCGCUAAAUUCGCGGAUAUGCGGCUUACUGGCGGGAGCCAACAGGUGUCUUCCUUCAAGCCUCAGGUUAAGGUCAAGCCGACCAUUCUCCGCAAGCCGACCGUUCCCUUCCCUCAUCCUCACAUGAGUCCUGAGCUCGCGAGAAAAAUUGAGAAACAAGUUCAGGGUACUGAUUAGAAUUUUUAAGAUAUUAUUACGUACUUUUUAUUACAUUUUAUUAAUAUAAAGGCUUCCACAUUUUUUACCGCAUUGAUGACGAAUGAUUACAAUAAUAUGAAUGAUCAUUUAUAUUUAGUAUUAGAUUAAACAGAGUGCUUGUUGGAUGAAUUUUUUAUGACAUUAAAAUUAAGAUAUUUUCAUAAGUUUUUAAAUUUUAAUGAUAAGAUAUAUCGAACACCAUUUUAUAACGCAAAAAAAAUUUUUUUCCACGGUUUCUUUUCAUCUGACCAAUCCGCCCAAAUAAUCUCGCGAUAAAUGGUAGAAUAUAUAUUAUUGUGUAUUUAAUGUAUGUUAUGAUUUAAUUGUUAUUUUCUUCGUUUGCCAACUAUUUGUUUUUUUAAUUAAAUCACUAGUGUUAAAAUACCCAGUUGUAUUAUUUUUUUACCAAAUGAAUAUACAGCACGAUAUUUUCUAGUCGUAUUUCACUGUAUUGACUCUAAAAGUAAAAAGUCAAAAAAAAACUACAUCGAAGUUAAAUUCCGCUAUUAUUUUAGGCCCAUUAAACUAAAAAUAAAAAUUAUGUAAGCUUGUAUAUUAUAUUUUAUUGAAAUAUUUAAAGUCAUUAAAAAUACCACGGUGUUAAAACUUUAAUGUGCGUACUCACGUUGAAGUUGUAAUUUCAUGCGCGUUUUUAUUUUUUACGGCUUUUAUUUUUUUUUAUUUUUAUUUCAAAUAUUAUAUAAUCUUAAAUACGUAUAUAUGUGUUAUUAAAUAAUAAAUGGUGCCCAAUAGCAGAGACUAGAAUCUCAAUAUAUAUUAUUAAUUAUUAAUAUAAAUAUGUAUCUUAUUAUUGUAUACGACCAGCCAAUGUUCGAUAUAUAUAUAUUCCUUAUAAAUUAUCACGAUUAUUAUUAUUGUUACUAUUAAUAUUAUUAUUAUAAUUUUUAUUAUUUUAAUAUUACUAUGCUACUAUAAUAAUAAAUAAUAAAAAGUGAAUGUAGCAAUUGUAAUUGAGACAAAUCUCAUCGAGACUGGGUGAUAGCCGAUUGGCAAAAACCGUACUAGUUUGUAGCCACUCUUCCCUUUUUUAAUGAAACAAACAGAAA